CCUUAAACGCGAUCGACUAAAAAUUGUAGGAACGACGCUGUUUGAUUUUGUUAAUUUCUUUCCACCCCGUCGAUUCCCAAUUCCCACUACAACCUUUGUCGCCGAACUUUCAUUUCCUAAUUUGCCAUUCGAGUCCACACAAUGUCUGGACAACAACCACUUCCAAACACGCAGCAACCGCUGGACGUCUACGGUGGAGACGAGGUCUCUGCACUUGUUCUCGACGCCGGUUACUGUCAUACACGAGCAGGAUUCGCAGGGGAAGAUGUCCCUAAAUCAGUCUUGCCAUCCUUCUACGGUAGCAUAAAAGACGGCGAAGGCGACGCUGCCACCUACCGCGAUGUUUUCGGCGACGAGUGCAUCAUUCCCCGCGCCAACUUCGAAAUUAAGAAUUACAUGUCGCGUAACGAGAGCAUUGUUGAGGAUUGGGACGCCGCUACUAAGAUUUGGGAACACGUCCUCAUCAAGCGCCUACAAGCCGACAAACCAACCCCACCGAGCAAAAAUGGUCUAAAUGACCCCGUUCAAGAUGGCGAGGGCGACGUAGCCAUGGAUGAUGUAGAAGAGCAGGAGAAACCACUAGUAGAGAACCCAGUAUUGAUGACGGAGGCGCCAUGGAACUCGGGUAAGGCCCGAGAGAAGGCCAUUGAAAUCGCUAUGGAGAACUGGGGCUGCCCUGCGUUCUGGUUAUCGCGAACACCUGUAUGCGCCGCCUUUGCGGCCGGUAAAGCGUCAGCCCUGGUUGUCGAUGUUGGCGGCGCGAACACGAGUGUUACAGCUGUCCACGAUGGUAUGAUCUUGAAGCGCUCUAUCCAAAAAUCUCCCGUUGGAGGAAUUUGGUUGUCACAACAAAUCCGAUCUAUGUGGGAAAACAACGAUCCCAAGAUCGAUAUCGUGCCGUCCUACCUGAUCGAGAAUAAGACACCUGUUGAUGCAGGCGCACCGGCACAGGCUAAACUGCGCAACUUCCCCUUUGAGCUUCACCAAUCUUUCAUCAACUACGAGGAAGAGCGCCUCUUAACAGAGUUCAAGGAGUCCGUUGUCGAGGUUUGGCGAGGUCCUGGCAGGUAUGCGAACCCAGGCAACGAGGAGUUGGCCAAGUCACAACCCGGCCGUGUGUUCGAGAUGCCCAACGGAUCCAACCAGAUGUGGCGAGAGCAAAGAUUCAGAGUAUCAGAGGGUAUGUGGGAUGAGGCUGCCGCCUUACCGACUGCCGAGGGUGUUACCAAGGCUCAAACCAUCCCAGAACUAAUCAAGGCUGCUAUCAAUGCGGUGGAUGUGGACCUACGACCUAACCUGCUGGGAAACAUUGUUGUAACGGGAGGUACGAGCUUGUUGAACGGAUUCAAUGAUCGCCUGAAUAACGAGCUACUGGCCAUGUUCCCCGGUAUGAAGAUCAAGAUACACGCCGCCGGUCUAACUACCGAGCGACGAUUCGGUGCCUGGAUAGGAGGAAGCAUCCUAGCCAGCUUGGGCACAUUUCAUCAAAUGUGGAUUUCGCGUAAGGAAUACGAGGAGAACGGCGCUGGUAUUGUCGAAAAGCGAUGCAAAUAGUCGUCUUUCCGUAACCCGGCACGUUACGGGUCCGUUGUCAUUUGAUCUACCCCAGGCGCUUGGAGUUUCGUGGAUGGCCUACGUAGGCAGGCAGGGUCAUUAUUACUUUCUAGAGGGACAAAAUUUUUAUAUCAGGGCUUGAGGUUAGCUUUCUACCAGAGACAAAAUAUUCGGAAGACCAAAAAUAAGCAAAAUUUAUUCACUACC